CGAGAUUACAAGUAAACAACGCAAACGUAGCGUCUUCAAAUCUAUAAUCCAUCAUUCAUUGUCAUCAGUAUACCUCUUUGUGCAGCUAGCAAUCAUGGAUAAGGUGUCAGCUUUCGGAAAGAGCAUCGGCUCGUCAUUCACGCCCUUUGCGACUCGCACGACCCAGUAUGUGAAGGAGCAGCUUGGACAAGCUGAGGAUAGGACCCAGCUUCCCCCGGAUUACAUUGAGCUUGAGAAGCGGGUCGAUGCCUUGAAGCAGGUUCACCAGAAGAUGCUCCAAGUCACAACACAAUACUCCAACGAGAGCUACGACUACAACAACAUCCGCGAAAACAUCAGCGAUCUCGGCCGCAGCGUCAGCGAGAAGAUCCAACUCCUCUCCACCGCCACCACCGCCGCCGAAGCCCAGGCCGCCCUCACCGCACCCCCCGUCACCAAGCCCCAGCCCAAGACCUUCGCCCACGCCGUUGCCCGCGCCUCCCUGGCCAGCAGCCAGCUCCUCCAACAACAGCACUCCGGCGCCGGCGAGGACCCUCUCGCAACGGCACUCGAGAAGUAUGCCCUUGCCAGCGAGCAGGUUGGCGAGGCCAGGCUCUCGCAGGAUGCACAGAUCCAGGCUCGCUUCUUGGCGGGAUGGAACACUACCCUCAACACAAACUUGAUGUUCUCUACGAGGGCGCGCAGGAGCGUCGAGAACUCGAGAUUGCUGCUUGAUGCGGCGAAGACGAGGGCUAAGGGUGGCCUGUUCAAGCUCCCUAGCAAGGCGGAUCAGCAGCACCACGAGGAGGCCGAGAUCUCGGAGGAUGCCAAGGUUGAGAUUGAGCAGGCUGAGGACGAGUUCGUUGGCCAGACCGAGGAGGCUGUUGGUGUCAUGAAGAAUGUUCUCGACACCCCAGAGCCACUCCGCAACCUUGCAGACUUGAUCGCGGCGCAGUUGGAGUUCCACAAGAAGGCAUACGAGAUCCUGAGCGAACUCGCCCCGGUUGUGGACAACCUUCAGGUUGACCAGGAGGCCAGCUACCGCAAGAGUCGUGAGGGGACGUCGUGAAGAAGAGUGGGAGACGAGAUAAGUUGAGUUGAAUACGGAGGUUUUAUGCUGAGGCUCUGCCGAAGACAUAUUGAUGGGAGGCCCGCUCAGGUUUCUGUUUGUAUUGAUUUUGGAUCGGUCACUGUGGGCAUGGCACGAAAUGUAGCUAUGGCUGCCAAUGUUGGGCGUAUCUCCAGGUGUUGUUCUGGAAAGCUUUUGUUUUCCGCGCCUGGUUGCUUUUUGUUAUCAUACCAUGAAUUCAAACGAAGUGACCGUCGAUUGUGCCUUAUUUCAUCUGAUGAGAUAAAUGUCUGUUGUUGUUAUCCAGGAGGUAUUUAUCAAUGUGGCUAUUUGCAACCUUUUCGCAUUCUCAUAUUUAAAUAAUUUAAGAAUGACAAUAGAUCAAACAUUUCUCAGGUCAAGUCAAGCACCGAUUUCGAUUUCGCAGCCCUUAGAUAGCCA